AGCUAGAACAAAAAAUUUUUCACUGUUAAAUAGGGCAUUGUUUACACUAUAUAUACCGCUAUUCAAAACAGAAAAUUUCGUACCUACGAUUUUUUCAGAAAAUGCCGCCUAAAUGCCCACUGUGUGAUAAUAAAUUAUCUUGUAUUGGUUUUAUUAAACUAUAUCAAAAGAUUGAAAAUGACUUAUUAUAUAAUUCAAAAAUUAGAUAUAAUAGUAGUGAAUAUAGACAAUUUCAAUUAUAUAGUUUAAAAAAUCGUUGGGCAUUUUGCUUAGAUUCAAUGACUGAAUAUAUAAACAUGAUAAAUAUUAUUGGUAAAAAGAAAAUAAUUGAAAAAUUUAAUGAAUUUAAAUUGAAUAUUGAAAAGGAUGUAGAAGCAAAUAAUUUUAAAAAAUUAAUUAUUGAACCAGUUGAAUUAAUUAAAUUAGGUAAAUAUUAUCGAGAUAAUGAAAAUUGGUCUAAAGCAUUAUUGUGUUAUAAAGAAGUAUGUAAUGAUAAAUUUUAUUCAUUUGUCAAUUAUUAUACAAGUUCAUGUCAUCAAAAUAUUAAUUAUGUUAAUGGUAUUGCAAGUAAAAGAGAAUUUAAACGUGAUUUAUUUAAUAUUAAACAAUCAAUUGAAAAAGAAAAUUGCAAUUUUUUAAAUAAUGCUGCACAAUUAGCAUUUGAAAUUGAUGAAAAAAAUCGAAAAUUAGGAUUUGCUAAUUCGAAAGAUCUAACAACAAACAAAUAUCUUUAUGAUGAAGAAAAAGCCAAAAGAUUAUUUAAAAAAUUACAAGAUAAAAAAUUUAUCAAACCGUUUCACAUUACAAAAAUAAAAAAUAAAAUAGAAGAACUGGAAUUAUCAUCAAUAUUCAAUACUGAUUAUACAAAAAAGCCACUGCUGGAAUAUUUAAACAGUAAAUCAAAUGACAGACGAAGUGUUAAUAGAGAUUUAAAUGAAUUAAACGAAGAAACAUUUAAAAAUGAUUUAAAACGGAAGCGAAUAUUUUUACCAUAUUCAAAUAAAUUUAUUGAUUUAAUUAAAGACAAUGGUUUCAUUGAACAAAUCAAUAAUGAAGAAGACGAUCAAUUAUUUUUAUUUCAAAAUUUUAAUGAAGAAAAUUUCACAAAUAAAAACUUUCCUCAAAAACUAAAUCAAUAUUCAGUUAGAAAAGACAAAAUAAUAAAACCCAUUGAUGAUGAUUAUAGAUAUUCAAAUUUAUAUUAUUUCGAACGUCAUUAUACGGAAGAAUUUCAAAAUUUUGAUUUAAUAUUUCGACAGAAUUUCUUAAAAAUAAUUCUUAUUCAACAAGAUUCAGAUAAUGAUGAUUCAUAUUUUAUAUUAAAAGAUACUAUCAAUGUAAAUGAUUUUGAAGUACCCAAAACGGAAGAUGCUGCAAUUAAGUAUUUAUGGAAUUAUCUAAAAAGUACUCCAUUAAUAAAAGCACCAAGAAUUAACAUUGGUUUAAUAAGUUCAGAGAAAGUUAAUAAUAAAAGAAACGACAUACAAAAAGAAAUAAAAUUAUUCUUAGAAAAUGAAUUAUCAAAUGAAGAGAAGAAAGAAUUAGAUGAAGCGGUUAAUUCUGUUUUUAAUCUUAUUGAUCAAACCAUGGGCGAAUUGAAGAAAAUGCCUGAUGAUAAAACAAUAGCAAGUUAUUUACAAAUAAAAACAACUUAUUUUCUUGAUAAUAAAAAACAUGUACCAGAUGCUUUAGAAGAAUUCAUUGAAUUAGCAUUAGAUGUUAUAUUUCGAUUGGAAGAAAAAAAAGAACCACCACAAUGGUAUGAAAUAGCUGCUGUAAUUGUAUUAGGUGUUGCACAAGUAAUAGCUGGUGUUUUAGCUAAAAUAUUUAUACCAGUUGUUGGUCAAUUAAUUGGUGAAUUUCUAAUUAGUACUGGAUGUGAUGAUAUUUUAUUUGGUGUACAAUGUGCUAUAUCUGGUGAAUUUAGUUGGGAAAAAUAUUGGCAACAUAAAAAACAAAGUAUGCUAAAUAGUGCUAUAUGUGCUGUCUUUUGUGUAGGUACAUCAUAUUUAAAAAAUGCGAAGAGAUUAAAAAGCUUUCAAAAAGCAUGGGAAUUUCAGAAAUUAACAGGUGCUCAAAAAUUGCAUACAGCUGCUUCAAAAUUUAGUAAAAUACCAAAUAUCGGUAAAUAUAUUGGUAAAGAAAUAGUUAAAACAUUAGUUCAAACUGGUUUAUCUGAAUUAGCAUCAGUUGGUAUAAAUAGUACGUUAAAUUCAAUAUCAAAUACUUACGAAAGGGAAUUACAUGGAAAAAUUAAACAAGCAGUGAAUGAUAAAUGGAAUACGGUUGAAUCAGAAAUGCAAGAAAUAUUCCGUUUAUCUGAAGGAAAUAAUUUCAGCAAAGAAAUAACUGAAGAUUGUAUUAACAGAAAAUUACAAAAUUUACCAGAAGCAACAAUACUGAAAAUUUUUACAAGUCGAUGUGGUCCAGUUAUGCAAGGCUUAGGUCGAGCGCUGGCUGAUAGUAAAGGUGCUAAAAGCACAAUACAACGUUUAUUCAGUACAUACGCUCCUACAUUAAUUGGUUUAGGUGUGAAUAUUGGGGAAAUAGUCAUAAUGAUUAGUGACUCUAUGAAAAAUUUAGCAGCUGAUUUAAAAGAUGCGAGGAAAAAGCUGAAAAACACAAAUAAACAAUACGUGUUAACAGAAUCUCUCUUAGACGACUUUAAAAAGUUUCAAAAUGAUAAAAUCGAUCAAAUACCAAAUCAUUUAUCUGAAACUUUCAAUCAAAAACUCAAAAGUGGAAUUAUUGCACCAGUUCUUAAGUUUGCUUCAAACAUGUUAAUUAGUAAUGGUAUUGAAUCAAUUGCUGGUGCAAAUCGUAUUGAACGAUUAGUAAAUACUUUUGAACUAAUUCAUGCAGCAUCAAGUCCAAACGAUACUAAAACUAAAUAUGCAGAUGAUUUAGUUAUUUUCUUGGCUGAAGCUAGGGCCGUUGAUGUAAACGACCUUAACAUCGAUCCUAAAGGCGUUUAUCCAGCAAAUCUUAAUGGUGAAAGUUUACAACAUGCUUAUGACUUAUAUGGUGAUAAAGUAAAAACAUUUGUCGAUAAACAUGGCAAGUUUUAUGUACGAAGACCAUCAUCGAAAGAAUAUUAUCAAAGUGUACGAGAUGAUAAACCAGCAGGUUUACAUGAACAAAAAAAAAUAGAUGAAGUAUUAGGAUGUGGUAUAACAAUAGGCGAAGUAGUCAGUAAUGAACAACAAUGUAUUCUAAAACGAGCAAAUGGCUCAUCAAUCUCAUUUGUAAUUAAAGAUAAUCUAGAUGGUACAAAACAUGCAAAAAUAUUAGUCGAUGGUAAAUCUAUUAGUAUCAAUACAAAUAGUCAAAAUAAAAAUGAUUGUUAUUAUAAUGUUGCAUUAGUUGCUAAUGAAAUGUCUCAAGGUAAAAUAUAUGAUGAAGCAAGGAAGAUUGUCGACAAUAACAAUGUGGUCAAAGAAUUAAGAAACUGUGUUUCAUUAGCGAUGAAAAAUGAUGAAAAACUAUUGAAAGAAUUUAGAUGGACAAACAGAACUGAUUUAAAAUCUUAUUUUAUUAGUUUAACUGGUUACUAUGUAGACGACGAGGGGCAAUUAGGAACAGAUGGUGACAAUAUAACAUAUUUUAGAACAAAAUUUGCAACUGCUAAUUUACCAAAAAAAUAUUCUGAGAUGAAAGACAGAAAAGGAAUCGAUGAUAUGGGCAAUGAAGUACCAUUAGCUGAUCACCAUCUUAAAUCACAGGCAGAUAUUCGGUUGGAACUAGGCAUACUCAUAUUAAGCUUAUCUGAUGAACAGUUAGAAAGUACUCUUGAAGCGUAUUUAAACGAUUCUAGUAAUGCCUCAAACAAAGCAUUUGUAAUGAAAGCAAUUGAUCGGGCGAAUCGCUCUAAAAAUCAAUCACCCGAGUUUCAAGCUCAAUUACAUUCUGAAAUUCGCCGUAAAUUAGUUAUAUGGAAUCCAAAUAAUCUCGUUCCUGGUCCUCUCUCGCAAGAACGUUUCAAACACUUUGGAUCGGCCAUUGAUGAAGAAUUAUCUUCACCGUAUAAUACUACGAUACUUAAAAAUUCAAAUUUAAAUAUUCUUCAAAAAUUAACUCAGUUGAAACCAGAUUCAACAGGACCAGCUGUUUGGCGUAAAAAUAAAAUAGGAAAACUUUGCUACAGUCCACUGUCAUCUGGCAAAGUGAAUUAUUCUUAUCCACGUAUAUAG